AUGUUCACCAAGCUCCGCAAGGUGAAUAUCAAGCUCAACCCAGCCAAAUGCGCUUUCCGGGUGCCAUCGGACAAACUUCUGGGUUUCCUCGUUUCACACCGUGGGAUUGAAGCGAACCCCGACAGGGUCAGGGCCAUCGAGGAGAUGCAACCUCCCCGCAACCUCAAGGAAAUGCAGCGCCUCAGGAGGUGCAUGGCUACUCUGGGGUGCUUCAUCGCCAGAAGCGGCGAGAGGGCCUUGCCUUUCUUCAAGCUCAUGAAAAGGACCAGCAAGUUCCAGUGGACGUUGGAAGCCGCCAAGGACUUCGAUGAGCUUAAGCGCUACAUCGCGAGCCCACCAAUCAUGGUUGCCCCCAGGACCCACGAGCCUCUACUGCUAUACCUACCAGCCACGCCACGAACGGCAUGUGCAGUUCUCAUCGUGGAACGGAAGAAACAAGUCAUCGCCAAGGAAAAGUUUACCUCGCCAAGCCUAGAAACCCUCACCGAGGAAGGGGUGACGUGCGAGGAACCCACCGAAGCAAUUCAUGAGGCAACACUCCCCGAGGCCCCACCAGCAAUAGCCCUCGCCGAGGUUAUGCCACAGGAAAUCCUCGCCGAGGAGGGAAACAUGGACGAGCAGUCAGAGCCUCCGGAAGAGCUAGCUCCCGAGGAUCCCACCCUUGUGCAGCACCCCAUCUACAUCGUCAGCAUGGUGCUGCGAGAUGCUCGCGAAUGCUACACCAUGCAGCAGAAGCUCCUGUACACGCUCCUCAUCACCUCAAGGAAACUGUGCCAUUACUUCCAGGGCCACCCCAUAACGGUGGUCACCUCCUACCCCCUGGAGCAAAUCUUGCAAUGGGCUUUCGAGCUCCAACCCUUUGAGCUCACCUUCGAGACUACCAAAGUCAUCAAGAGCAAGGCCCUGGCGGAAUUCACCGCGGAGUGGACAGAUCCCUACGCAGGUGAGCCUCACGAGGAAGAGUCCAAGCUGCUAGGGGAAAUAGCUCCGGGCCAAUGGAACAUGCACUUCGACGGUGCAUUCAAAACACUGGGCGCGGGGGCUUGCGCGGUCCUCACAUCGCCAACCAGAGACAAGCUCUUCUACGCCGUGCAACUUCGCUUCAAACCAGAGUACAAGGUCUCCAACAACAUAGCUGGAUAUGAGGGCCUCCUCACGGGCUCAGGGCCACAAGCGCGCUACACGCCCAAGGAAGAGCAUAUGGCGGUGUAUCUGGAGGAGCACCGCAAGAUGGCAAAGCGCUUCCUGGGUAUGGAGCUGAAACACGGUGUUCGCGGAGAGAAUCAAGAAGCUGACGGCAUCACCCGGAGGGCAUCGCAUCGAUUGCCACAAUGCCCAGGUACCUUUGAGGAAAGACUCUUGAAGCCAUCAGCGACUCCUCCCGUUGAGAGCAAAGAACCCCUCGUCGAGGAGCUACCACCAUCACUAACCACAGGGGCUCCUGACUGUGACUCGACCUCAGGCGACCGCACUGUCUUGGAGCUCACUCGCCAGGACGAGGCAAGUGGCUACUACAUCAAGGAUGGAGACCUUUACCGUCGGCGCCCCAACGGGAUCGCACUUAAGUGCGUCUCCAUAGAUGAAGGCUACAAGAUCCUCAGUGACAUCCACGCUGGGGAGUGUGGCUAUCACUCCUCAGUGAGCACCCUUGCCGGCAAGGUGUACCGAAGCGGUUUCUACUGGCCGCCGACACUCACGAACGACAUUGAGAUCGUCAGGGCCUAUGAAGUAUGCCAGUUCCAUGCCAAGCAGAUCCACCAGCCUGCGCAAGAGCUGCAAACCAUGCCCCUCACAUGGCCUUUCGUGGUCUGGGGGUUGGACAACUUGGGUCCGUUCCCACGGGCACAAGGGGGCUACUGCUACCUCUACGUCGCCAUCGACAAGUUCAGCAAAUGGGUGGAGGUGGAACCCGUCUGCAUGAUCCCCGCGAGCAACGGCCAGGCCGAGCGCGCCAACGCCGACGUGCUCAAGGGCCUCAAGACGAAAAGCUUCGACACCAAGCUCAAAGCAUGCGGAAAAAAAUGGCUCGAUAGCCUCCAACCCGUGUUGUGGUCAAUACACACAACUGCAACCAAGCCUACCAGGGAAACACCCUUCUUCCUCAUCUACGGGGCUGAAGCGGUCCUCCCCAUUGAGCUCAAGCAUGGUUCACCACGAGUCCUUACCUUCGACGAAUCUCGCCAGGAGGAACUCCUCAAGGAUCGCCUGUUCCUCCUCAAGGAAGCUCGGUGCAGAGCCGCCCUCCACGCGGCUCAGUACCAGCAGGAGCUGCACCGCUACCGCAGCCGCCACAUCCGUCCCAGGAUGCUCGAGGCCAGUGACCUUGUCUUAAGGAGGAUACUCUCUCGCGAGGGCGUCCACAAGCUCUCGCCAAUGUGGGAGGGACCCUUCAGGGCGAAACACAUCUCUUGGCUAGGCACAGCAUGGCUAGAAACAGAGGAGGGUGAACCAGUACAAAACACCUGGAACAUCCAACACCUCCGUAAGUUCUACCCGUGA